GUUCAACGGAAACAUAAGCGCUAUCCAUGCCCGUCCUCAAGAGCAAGGCUCCCCAAGCACCCCCACACAGAGCGGAACUACCGCCCCUUUCAGCGCGGGAUCCAACAAGCGCCGCCGUUGCCGAUCUCGCGAGACUCCACGCAGGCUGCGAGAGCCUCUGCACAAUCUCGCGAGAGCUGGCCGCUCCCGGCCGUGCCUUCCCCAGGUCUCGCGAGCGCGGCGCUCUUUCUCUGCCGUCUCGCACGCUGACAAGAUGCCUUCCAGACUGCGGAAGACUAGGAAGCUGAGGGGACACGUCAGCCACGGGCACGGCCGUAUCGGCAAACACAGGAAGCAUCCUGGAGGCCGUGGUAAUGCUGGUGGUAUGCACCAUCACAGGAUUAACUUUGAUAAAUAUCACCCUGGCUACUUUGGAAAAGUGGGCAUGAGGCACUAUCACUUGAAGAGAAACCAAAAGUUCUGUCCCACUGUCAAUUUGGAUAAACUAUGGACCCUUGUAACUGAACAGACAAGACUCAAUUAUGCAAAAAACCAGGCUGGACUGGCCCCAGUCAUCGAUGUUGUGCGCUCAGGUUACUACAAAGUCCUGGGCAAGGGCAAGCUGCCCAAGCAGCCUGUAAUUGUGAAAGCAAAGUUCUUCAGUAGAAGAGCAGAGGAGAAGAUCAAAGAAGUUGGCGGUGCCUGUGUGCUUGUGGCAUAAAGGCCUUAGUUUUAUUCAAACUUUUUGAAUAAAGACCAAUGUGUAAAAUGUGAUGAUUUAUAGAA